AAAUGCAAGGGCAUUUUAGUCAUUAAUUAACUUAUUUUGGUGUUAGUACCCAAAGGUGUUACAAAAUUGAAAACAUAGAACCUAAACCUGUUAAAAAAUAAAAUUAGUACCCAAAGACGAAAUUAAGUAUAAACUACGGGACCCAUUUGUGUAAUUAACUCUAAAAACUAGAAAGACUAUACUUGUAUAUAAGUAUAAUAAGUUGACUGAACAUAUAAAAAUAGAGUAUAACAGGUUACAUGAAAAAAUAAUAAGAACAAGUGUAGUCAGUAGUGUCUUGAUGUAAGAAAUAAAAAUAAAUAGCGUAGAAUUAUUAAACAAAAGUAAUUAAGUAUUAUAAGUAUUUUUCUAAGUAUACUUCAUUAGAAAGUAGAAACCAUGAUCGCCCCAAAACAGGACAGCCAAUCAACACCACAUUACAUAAUUACAAAUCUACAUCAAUCACCACAAUUGAUAUUUUUGAAAAAUGCAAUUUGCGUCCCUGUGGUAUGUCCCAUACAUCAACUUGAGCCCCUAAAUUAAAUUUUUGGUUUUUUGAGCCCCUGACUUUAUAAAUUCAUAACACCUUGAGUCCUUCUGUCAAGAUUCCGUCUGUUUGACCGUUUGGGCUAGGGGUAAGACCGUCCUUUUGCUCUAUUUCCCUUCUAAAAACCCCAAAUUAACUAUUAAAGCCCUAAUUCACUCCCGCCAAAACAAGAAGACAGUUGAGUGUGCGACAGAGAAACCAAAAGCGAUGGACUUCACAUGGCGUCUUCGUCCUCAAGGUGAAUACUACGAUCCUGAAGAUAUAUAUGGGGAUGAACCUAGAGUAUUUUCUGUAAAGAUUAACCAUGGAGGUGAGUUUACUGAUUAUCCAGGAAGGGAGUAUGUCAACGGUAAGGUUAGUUACAUUGACUGGGUUGAGUUUGAUAAGUUUAGUGUUGAUGUUCUUCGUGAAAUGCUGAAAGAUAUAGGUUACUCUGUAGAUGAUGUGUUCAAUUUUUUUGUUAAGGAUCCUAAUGUCUGUUUGGAUUUUGGUCUUAGACACUUUACUGAUGAUGAUGAGUUAGAUUAUGUGUAUGACCAACUUAGAAAAGGAUGCAAGUUAGUAGAUUUGUAUGUUGAAAUAGGAGAAUCUAGAAUCAAGGAUUCAACUGUAAUGAGCUUGGCUUUACUAGAUAAUGUGGGUGAAGAUAAUGUGGUUGAGGAUGAGUCAGAAAGUAGCGAGGCAGUUUCUGAGGGUGAGUCAGAAAGUAGUGAUAAAGAGAACAGUGAUGAAGAAGAUCCAGAUUACACAUUUGGUCAGGAACCAGAUAAUCCAGUGUUUGAUUAUGAAGUAGAUAUGAGUCAGUUCAAGGCAUGUGUUGACUUUGAUCCUGAUGAAGUCAAUGAGACAAUUAGGGAUGCUAGAAAUGAGAAUACUGUAGAAGAACUUAGGCAGGAAGAUAUAACUUGUGAUCAUGAGGAUUUUAGUGAUAAAGAUGAUAACUGUACACUGCUGGAGAAGGUUGCCAAGAAGGUAAGGAAGAAAAGAAAAAUUACAGGUAAUGUUAGUGACUCAUACCUCCCAUUUUCAAUUGGUCAAUUAAUACCAGAUAAAAAACAAUUGAAUGACAUGGUUAAGACAUAUGCUGUUAAGAGUAGAAGGCAGAUUUACAUAUUAAAAAAUGAUAAGUUGAGGUUCAGAGUUAUUUGUCUUGGGACUAAUCCUACUUUGGGUUCUACUGAGGGGCAGAAUAGUAAAUUUAGAGGGGUAGGGUUAAAACAAGAUAAAAGGCACUUGAAGCCCACUUGUCCUUGGGCGGUUCAGAUCUCCAGGAGAACUGAAAAGGAAUCUUGGUGUGUGAAAACCAUUACCUCACAACAUCAUUGCCUCCAAACAAGAGAAGUGGGCCUGUACACCAUGUCUCAGAUAGCUAAGGAGAUCCAACCCAUGAUCGAGUCAAACCCUGACAUGCCUUUGCCAGCCAUACAGGAUAUGCUUGUGAAGAACCAUCAGUUGAAUGUUUCAAUCCAGAAAGUGUUUAGGGCUAAAAGAAUUGCUACAACAAGGAUCAUUGGAGAUUAUAGAGAGCAGUAUGGUAUCCUAAGGUCUUAUUGUGAAGCACUGUUGAGGGCAAAUCCAGGUAGCACAAUUAUAAUAGAUUGUGAACCCUGUGCUAACCCUAGUCUUCCUACUAGACAAUUCAAGAGAUGUUAUGUUUGUUUUGCUUCUAUUAUGAGAGGGUUCAAGAUGUGUGGUAGAGAAAUAUUGGGACUAGAUGGAUGUUUUAUGAAAGGUCCAUUUCCAGGACAGAUUCUUACUGCAGUUGGUGUUGAUGGCAACAAUGGUAUAUAUCCUGUAGCAUAUGCUUUAGUGGAGGCUGAAACUUUUAAAUCUUGGGAAUGGUUUUUGGAAUUACUCAAAGAUGAUCUUGGCUUAGGAGACAGUACCAAUAUCCUGUAGCAUAUGCUUUAGUGGAGGCUGACAACUUGUUUAUGUAUGGUUUAAGUAUGGUUUAAGAAUGUU